AUGAAACAGAAUUGGUAAACAUUAACAUUAGGUUGCUUAAAUUAUUAUUUUUAAGAGUGUGAAUAAAUACAAUAAUAAUAAGGAACCAAUCUAGUAACAUAAAUUUAUAUAAAUAGAGUUUUUUGUGUAGUAAUUGAAAUUUGAACUAACUUAAGUAUAUAUAAAUAAUUAUUAUUAUUGAGUGAUGUCUAAAUCAUCUAAGUCCAGUCGUAUUAAAAUGUUUCUAUUAAGUAGGGAGCAGUCCAUCCAAGAGUUAACAUUAGAGUCCAAGUCCAAAAUCGAAAUCAAAUUCACAUCCAAAUUAAGGUUAAUCACACAUCAUAUAUCAACAUUCAAAAUACCUCACUAUCAACUACUUCAACAUUAUCAACAUAUAGAAAAAUUAUGCCUCCAUGUCUCCAAUUUGUCCAAGCGAGUUACCGAUGCCGAGUUGAAAGAAACCUUCGAGAAGUAUGGCCAAAUUGAAUAUGCCACGGUCUGUAUGGAGCCCCGAAGUAAGGGGUAGUAAUCUCUUUAUCGCUAAUUUAUCUUAGUCCUGGCAAAGUAUCUAGAGGUUUUGGAUUUGUGAAAUUUUCCAAAAAGGAAAGUGUCCAAAUAGCCCUAGAGUCAAUGCAAGACAAAGAAUUACAUGGAUCAAAAAUUAAAGUCGAAGUUUCCAAAAGAGCAGAGCCAAGACGAAAAACCCCAGGUCGAUAUGCUGGAUAUGCAUAUCGUCGCUCUCGAUCCAGAUCACAUAGAAGAAGAAGAUCCAUCUCAUCUGACUCUUAUUCAAGUAGUCGGAGAAGACAUCAUAGGCAUUAAUUCAAUUUAUAUUUCUAGUCGUCGACGACAUUAUAAAAGAAGAUCCAUUUCAAAAUCCCCUUCAAGAAGUCCAAGUUUGAGUCAUAGAAGGAGAAGAAGAUGAACAAUUAGAUAAUAUUUCAAAUUAUCACAAUAUCAUGUUAUCUUUAUACAUUCCUACUAUACCUUGGUUCUCUUGUACAUUUUAAUACUCCAAAAAAAAGUUCGCAGUUAUAUAAUAUUAAUUUUUUUAAAAUCUUCAAUAAUACAAAAUUAAUUCUUUUCUUUUUCUAUAAUAUUAGAAUUUAUAUAAUUUUAUAUCACUAUUUUCCUAUAUAAUCAAAGAUCACUAUAACUAAAUAAAAUCAAAUUAAAUUUUUAAAAAAUUAUUAAUAAUCUGUAAUAUGA